UCUACCAAGAGUGCCUCUGUUACCAUCCUGGCCUCCCAACAUCACUUGAGGCAGGACUCAAUUCAGGAAUCCAGGGAUUCUUGUGGAACACCCACCCCACCUCUCGUGGGGCCUGGAACCUCCUCCCAGCCCCUACAGCCCGAUUUCCCACAAUAACCGCUUGUGUAAUGUACGUCUCUCCCGCCAAAACCGGGAGCCGGCGAUCUGGGCCUGACUAUCCUCUCAGUUUACGAUUCUCCGCGAAUGAAGGAUCCGCUGCAUCUUGGGGAUCCGCUGUCUCCAGGCAAGCGACCGAGCUUCCGAGAGCAUCCCUCUCCCCGCCCAGCCCACGAGCCCGAGCGGCACCUGAAAGGUGAUCUUGGGUCCCAGCGUGGGGUGGAACUCGCUGAAGAAUAUGCAUUCGAUGCGGCAGCUACUGGCCAUGGCGCCUGUCCUUAGUUCCCGGCCCUCGAGUGCGGAAACGUCCCUACCCCUGGCACCAGCUGUCAGAGAGCCGUGAAGCCUGGGCCGCUGGGUCACGCGCACCUGCGCACUCACACACGCGUGAAAAUGUUUGGCCAAAAGCGCCUGCGCACCGCGACUCCAAGGCGUGGCUGGGGGAAGGCGGGUCCUAGGAAGUCCCGGUUGAGUGCACGUCGUACCCGGAAGUGAAGCGGCUCCGCGACUGAGCGGUGGCUUGCACGGCUGGAACCUGAGGAUCCCGCUUUCUCGGGAGGAAACCACCGCGUCGGGUCAGCGCUGCAGCCACCGGCCUGGUUGGCCAUGGCCCUGACUGUAGAGACCGAGUCUCACAUCUACCGAGUUCUGCGUACUGCUUCUGGGGCUGCCGCUCACCUUGUGGCCCUGGGCUUCACCAUCUUUGUGGCUGUGCUUGCCAGGCCUGGCUCCAGCCUGUUCUCCUGGCACCCCAUGCUUAUGUCUCUGGCUUUCUCCUUCCUGAUGACUGAGGCACUGCUGGUGUUUUCUCCUGAGAGUUCGCUGCUGCGCUCCCUCUCGCGGAAGGGCCGAGCAUGCUGCCACUGGGUGCUGCAGCUGUUGGCCCUGUUAUGUGCGCUGCUGGGCCUGGGCCUUGUUGUCCUCCAUAAGGAACAGCUCAGCAAAGCCCAUCUGGCCACGUGGCAUGGGCGGGCAGGGCUGAUGGCUGUGCUGUGGGCAGGGCUGCAGUGCUCAGGUGGGGUGGGGCUGCUUUACCCCAAGCUGCUGCCCCACUGGCCCCUGGCCAAGCUCAAGCUGUAUCAUGCCACCUCAGGGCUGGUGGGCUACUUGCUGGGUAAUGCCAGCCUCUUGCUGGGCAUGUGCUCACUCUGGUUCACUGCCACAGUCACUGGUGGGACCUGGUACCUGGCUGUGCUAUGCCCUGUCCUUACCAGCCUGGUCAUCAUGAACCAGGUGAGCAAUGCUUACUUGUACCGCAAGAGGAUCCAGCCAUGACCCUUUCCCAGCGUAGGGGAAACCUGGACUUGCUCCUCAGAAUAGAAGCUGAGACUGGGACCUCCUGGGCUCUCUCAGCUCACUGGGUAAGGGGGGACACCUCGGGCACUGGGAGGAAGCCUGUGAGUGACAUCUUGGCUCUUUGUGCUGGAUGGAGUAUCUCUCCUGUCCUUUUUUUCCCUCACUGUUCUGGAGAAGCUUAUGGAUCAUGUGUCUGAAUGAAGAUGGGAUCACAAGACUGUCUCUCCAGCAACUCAGCUUACACUCACAUUGGUAUUUCCAGAAAUUGCAGGAGAAAAAUAAAAUAAAAACGACUGAAAAGACUCAAUAAGAGGA